GAUGCUUCAAGUUCCGCAAACGAGACUCCCUCGUGAUCGCAGCACGCAUAACGUUUCGGUCAACUUCCUCUAAAGUAGCCAAGCCUCCCACUCAUCUUAAAGGCCUGGCUGCUCAGCAAGUAUUGCGACAUCCUUUUGAAAUUACCCACGCAAUUCUCGCGGAAGGCUCGCAUGAUCGCACACAUGGCCAAAGAUGGCCGUCUUUCACGACGAAGUUGAGAUCGAAGACUUUGAGUACGACGAGGAAUCUGAGACUUACUUCUACCCAUGCCCCUGUGGAGAUCAGUUUGAAAUCACUAAGGUUUGUAGAUCAGCUUUGACAACGAAUCGCCAUUAGACUUAGAAAGUUUCUGCGUUAAAAACUUCGUUAAGGUCUUAAAAUUAAAAUUGUUUAUCUAUAGAAAUUCUUAAAGCAGACUACUGAAAUGUUCGUACGGCUCGGGUGGUUACGUGUGACCUAAACACCAAAAUGCUCAAAUUUUUCAAGUGGUUGAAAAUCUGUGUGAUGGUGUGUGAACUUUGCUUAGAUUUGAAACCAGUUUAUGACAAUAUUGUUCCAACGUCCAAAGUGACCCUAUCGUGAGACAAACGAAUAAAGUUCAUCUCCUAUCUUACACCACAAUGAACAAUAAACACAUAUUUUAUUACAAUAUUGUUCCUCCCUACGAAAACUUCCGUUUUCCUACGCCAUCAAAAAAAAAACAUACUUGAAAAUUUCAGUAUCGUGUUCCUGUUUGUGCCUCAUUAUGACUGAAAGAGGACCCAUAUCGGCAUUCCUUACCUGAUGGACAUAAUUAAAACUUGAUAUUGUUAUAUGUUUUUUUUAGGCUGAGUUGGAAAAUGGAGAGGAUGUGGCUCGGUGCCCCAGCUGUUCUCUUAUUUUGAAAGUCAUUUAUGACCUGGUGAGUUGUUUUUAUGGAGAAGCAGCCUAAUAUUUUAGAAUGAUCUUUACCUCUGUUGUGAGGUAUAAGCAGUGGCCAUGAGAUUUGUGUACCGGACUACAGAUAGAAAGAGUCAGAUGCAGGACAUAUUGUAGCUUUUGUCACUAUUACUGGUGUUUCCAUUGGACCAGACACCUUGGAGUUUUUCUUUGUGCAAAUGUGUGUCAGUGAUGCACUUUUUGGUAGAAGGAAAUGAAAAGGAGUUCAAAAGUUAAGAAAGGUGUCCCCCUGUGUGCAUCCUUUAGGACAUACAUGAUUUAACAGAGUAAUGUACUGCUGAAUGUAACUGAUUAAUUGGUGACAACUGAUAACAGUUUGUGCUCCAGUGAACACAAUUAUGCUGUAAAAUCUCAGAAUCUAAACUGCAAGUUCCUUGAGGGGAAUAUAUUGGCAAAGGCAGGGUAGUAUUUUGUUCUUGUUAGGACACAUGUCACUUUGAUUUUGUCUCUUUUAAAGUGAGGUCAUGAAACACAACUUUGUGGGAAAGUGAGUUUUACCUACAAAGGAGAAAAGCAAUCAUUUUUGCAUAAUGAGAUUUAGUGAUUACCCCUAUUUUAAGGUAGAGGCUCUUCACAUCUGAGAAUUGGCCUAUUCAACCAUCUUUCAUUUUACUUUCUAACUGUAAAUGUGUGCAUUUCUUUUAGGAAGAUUUCAUGGUUGCUGAAGAAAUUGCAGCACCAGCCCCAGUCAUGCAGAGGGCAUAGGUAGUAACUAGAGGAACAAUAACACAACCAGCAAUGUUGUGGUGAUACCCAGUACCAACACAAGGAAUAUCAACCAAAGUUACAUCUUGGCUGAAGAGCAACAGUCUUCAACUUGGGGGGAUGUGCAGAGAGAGGUCAAGACUGUUCUCAAUAUGAACUUUAAAGACAAAAAGUUUCUGUUCCCCUAUUAUUUUUGUCACAGUAUUGUUUCCCAGAUCAUAAGUGGAUACCCAACCCCCUAAGCCACACAAAGGGACUAUUUCUCAAUAUUUGGAGUUAUACCCUUUUUUAAUAUCAAUUCCAGGAUUUAAUUUGUGAGCCCCAUUCAAAGUCAGCACCCUUCCUUAACCCUUUAACUUCCAUAAGUGAUAAACAUGGAACUUCUCCCAAUAAUAUCCAUAUAUUAUCUAGCAAACAGGUUAUGAGAAUACUCAAACCUAUCAGGUAGAAGUUGUUAUUUUGAUCUAACACCAAAUUCUCUUAACUAAAUUACAAGGAAAUGUGUAGAAGCUAGAAGGGUGAAUUAUGGAUCAGAUCUCAGAGUUGAAGGGUGAACACUGACAAGUGCAGAAUCAGAGAUAAAAUUGUGAACUGUGAGUCACAGACUCGAUUACCACAAUUAAAGACAGCACUACAGGGAAAUUAUUAUCAAGCUUUUUUUAAUUACAAUUAGAGCUGCUCGUUCUUAAGUACAAAAUAUAAUAAUUUCAGCUAAACAUUCCAAAU